AAUAGAUCAUCAUGAAUUGUUGUAUAAAAGUCACGGAAUUGUGAUUUGAACAAUCGUUUCAACUAUAACUAUAAUAACAAAAUGAUGAUUCAACUCAUCACAGUAUCUCUUCUGCUUUUAGGAACACAAGUGUCAACACAAGCUUGCUUUCAUGGAGAUGUUCAAUUGGUAAACGAUAACAACGUUAACAACAUUGUCGAGUUCUGUUAUAAGGGGGAAUGGAGAAGGAUCUGUGUGUCUGCUGGUUGGGGCAACGUUGAGGCCAACAUUGUCUGCUCUCAACUUGGAUACAGCAAUCAAGGUGCUACGACCAGCAAUGUUAGUAUUAGUGAGAAUUCACCCUAUACGUUUUUGAGGUUUGUCGACUGUGAUGAAUCUGACGCUAAUAUUGAUGAGUGCUACUAUGAAGCUCGUAAUGGCUGUAAGAAUGUUGAUAAACAUGCAACAGUUCAAUGUUCAAGUGCUAAUUGUACUGACAGUGACAUUCGAUUUGUGGGUGGAGCUACUGACAACGAGGGAAAAGUUGAAAUAUGUAACGAUAGUCGUUGGAUAGCAAUUUGCAGCAACGGAUGGACUGAGCAAGACGCUGGACAGAUGUGCCAAAAGUUUGGAUUUGCUAGCAUUGGAGCUGAAGUGCUUGUAUUCAACCCUCGAAGAGUACCAACCAUCAACUGCACUAUAAGCAAUUCUGGCGACCUCUCUUGCAAUGAAUCAUGUGAUGAUGGCACAACAGACCUAGGGAUUCGUUGUGUCAGGCAGGAAGUUCUAGACCAAGAAAUAAGUGUAGAGUCGUCAUGUGGUGCUGAGUCAAGCACUACAGCACUGGGGGUAUUAGUUGGUUUGUUGGUGACUUUGCUGGUGGUCUUGUUGAUUGUUUGUGGAGCAAUGUGGAAUCGCAUAUCACAGAAAGAUAAACAAAUCUGUGUCUCGUCAGAAUCAAACACACUCUCAACAAUUCAACGACAACUCAACAACCCAGUAUACGAUACAAGCAUGGAACCACACAAUGCAUACAGCUCUAGUGGACCCACCUACCAACAAGUUGCCAAUGGCAAUCAACAAGACCACACCUACUCAAUACUGGAAUGCGAUCAGAAUACAAAUCGUCACUCAAAUCAGCUCAGUGCUAUAGACGAGGAACAGAAUUACCAUGUGGUGGAUAGUGGAAGGUGUGAGGGUGUGGAGGGGGCGGGCUUUGACGCUGUGUACAGUGAGGCUAGUAACUACGAAGUGCCAAUGUCAAGCAAAACGGACAGCAAGGUGUGGCUGUGUGAAGAGGAUUACUCCACACUCAAGCAUUGA